AUGGAAGUCCUUCAUGAAGCCCCAAAUACCUCCUCGUUCGUACCUCUCGCAGAGCAUCAGUCGCGAACUCCUGCCUCGUUCUACUCCGGACCACCAAUUUUACACCACUUCAGCGAGAGAUGCAAAGUGGUUAUUCUGGAGCGUGACUUAUUAGCUUCCCCUGCUCUGAAUAGUCUGCGGUCCACGACGUCAGAGGGCUCAUCGAAUGGCACAGCACAGGGAGAACGCGGUGCCACUGCAGGUACAACAGUCGAUGAGGCAGCAGAGAAUACCAAAGAGCUAUCUCUCCCGGGUGUCAGUGUCUGGGUCACUUCUGACAGAAAGCUAUUGUUAUUUUCCACGGAGACGUCCAGUGGUGUCGCAAUCCCGUAUCCGAUAAUAUCUCUACAUGCGAUCCAACGGCUUCCCCUGCCGAGUUCUUCCGAUAAUGAUACUGUGCAAGGCCUUUACAUGCAAUUGGCCAUCACGAGUGGAGGAGAUGAAAAUAUGGAUGAGGAUGUAGAUGAAGAUAGCAUUUCGCUCACCAUCAUUCCUCUUUCGGACCCCGCUACCCAACCUACCGACCAGGAAAUGUCAGCUGAAGAAGAAGAUAAAAAGACCCAGUCCCAAAUUGAGGCACUCUUUGAGGCUGUAUCUGCCUGUUCUAAUCUCCACCCUGACCCUGUCGAGCAGGACGAUGAAGACAGAUACGAAGAUGCGGAUGAAGGUGAGGAAUUCCAUCAACAGCUCCAAGGUAGUGCCUUGUUCCAAAAUGGUCUGAUUUUCCCUGGAAACAACACAGGUGGCCUACCCCCAGCUCUACCUGGAAGCGGUGGCUGGAUUACCGCAGAGAACGCCCACGAAUAUUUUGAUGAAGAUGGAAACUGGAAGGGUGGAGAGGAAGCUCCCUUGGGUGCAGGAGCAGGUACUGUAAGGCCGCGUGAAGAUGACGAUGAAGGAAUGAAUGAGGCUGGUGCCUCAAACAACGAGAACGGAACGGCUGGGGAUGAAACGAAGUGGCGAAGGACCGAGUGA